AUGCGGAUAACGGCAGCCGAGCCUGGCAAGGUCAACUUCGAGCUACCGAUUGAGAAGCAUCACACAAAUCGACUGGGAAUAUUGCACGGUGCUACACUCGCUACAAUGGUUGAUACCAGCGGCUCGCUUGCCCUUGCUUCUCGUGGUCUCUAUUCAACCGGUGUCUCGACGGAUCUCAACGUCACGUAUCUGAAUGCAGGUGGGAAGAUUGGGGAUCUCGUCAAAGGAGAGGUAAUAUGCGACAAGUUUGGCAAAACACUCGCAUACACGUCGGUGAAGUUUAUGAACAAGAACAACGAGAUUGUGGCCCGAGGUAGCCAUACUAAAUUUGUCGCUCUGGCGUGGAAGGAUGAGAAGAACAUUGUCGAUGAAUUAAAGCCGGUUGUCAAUGAGUCGAAAACCAGAGAGACUGCUCGCACGAAUUUGAAAUAG